AUGACAGAUCUCGAUUUUCCCUCGAUCUAUCUCCUUCCCACUCACCUAGAGGCGGAUCAGCUACAUGAGCUCGAAGGAAGAAUCCCGAGUCUGACAUACGACAUUAGCGAGGCCGAGAUCAUUGUCGGGAACAUCUUCAAACGAGAGAGGGCACUUUUUGAACUCAGGCGAAAGAAGGUACUGACAGAUCCGGUGGAUGCAGCGGCUGUCGCAGAUACGCAUCUCGUCACGCCUAGGAAGCGCAAGAGGGCAUCUUCUAAAAGUGACAGCGACUCUACCGUGUACACGGAAGAUGGACAAAGGUUUGGAUCCGGCACAUCGCAGUUCGUCGGAACAUCGUCAGCUCCCGAGGGGGCCGCCGUCAAUACGAACACUGUCACAGUUGUGAAGCUGGCCUGGCUCCAAGAGUCGUUUGCGCAGAACAAGGUACUCCCGCUUCAUGACUAUGUUCUCUAUAUGGGCAUCAAGAAGGAGGAAGACCGCGCGCCUGUCACUAUUAGGGGAAGUGACAUAUUGUCCCGCGCUGCCGCCGACAGUGCGUCUCAAACACAGGGCAGUCUUUUACCGCAGAAGAAGAAGGCGCAAUCUCCUAUCGGGAUGCACCGGUCAGUGCCUUCGUUGAUCAGACAGACAACUUCGGAGAACGCCUCAACACUGAAGUUGCCACCUGUUCCCCAGUAUCUCAGAACGACGUAUGCUUGCCAAAGAUCUACGCCCGUUGAUCCUCCAAAUGCAGCAUUCAUUGAUGGACUCAAGACAAUCAGAACCAUACGGAAACUAGGAGGCGACCAAAUAGGAGUGAGGGCAUACUCAACCUCGAUAGCUACAAUAUCGGCAUAUCCUCACAAGAUAGCCAGUUCGCAAGAAGUUGCGAGGCUACCCGGCUGCGGCGCUAAGAUCGCCGAGCUGUGGCAUGAGUGGAAAGAAAAUGGUAGGCUUUCCGAGGCGGAUGAAGCCCAGGCGAACCCCAAGUUUGCCGUUAUACAGGUAUUCUACGAUAUUUGGGGGGUUGGUGAUGCUACGGCUCGUGAUUUCUACAGCAGAGGAUGGCGAGACUUGGACGACGUUGUCGAACAUGGCUGGGCAAGUCUAAGUCGCGUGCAGCAAAUUGGCGUCAAGUACUACGACGAGUUCAAGCUUAAGAUACCUCGAACUGAAGUCGAGUCCAUCACUGACACGAUCCUGGCUCACGCCCGCAGUUUUCACCCGGACUUUCAGCUUGUCAUUGUUGGCGGCUACCGGCGUGGCAAGCAAGGUAGUGGGGACGUCGAUGUGGUGAUAAGUCACCCGGAUGAGUCUGUCACUUUUAACUUUGUCGACAAAUUGGUCAUGAGCCUGGAAAAGACUGGGCAUAUAACGCACACCCUCGUGUUGAGUAAACAUAAUAGCGAGAGGGGUCAGCAGCCCGUCAGCUGGAAGGGGAACGAGUUUAGGGGAAGCGGCUUCGAUUCACUCGACAAAGCACUCGUAGUUUGGCAGGAACCGGGUACGAGUGGAAAAGGGCCGCAAGAGAGGCCGCACCGGCGGGUAGACAUCAUCAUCAGUCCUUGGAAGACGGUUGGAUGCGCUGUCCUGGGCUGGAGCGGAGAGACGACUUUUCAACGAGACCUGCGCCGGUAUUGCAAGCAGCAGAAGAGCUACAAGUUUGACAGCAGUGGAAUUCGAAGCCGGCUCGACGGUAGUUGGGUCGACCUAGAGACCAGCGAUCUCGGGCGGGCCCCGGACAUGUUGACAGCCGAGAGAAGGGUUUUCCAGGGUCUGGGCCUCGAUUGGGUUCCUCCCGAGGACAGGUGCACCGGCUGA